AUGAACAACUAAAACUAUUUGAAUUUGAAAAAGUAUUAGACCAAUAAAAAACGAAAGUUGUUUGAAUUCUUGUUGUUGAUUGGUCGAUUUGAAAACCUCUUCGUAUACGCGAUCUUAGCACCAGGGGUCGCAUCUCCUCGUUCUGAUUGUUUACUUAGAUCAGCGCAAAGAACAAUUUAACGAUAGAAAAAGUGAUGGCCUCUUCUACGGGCCGCUCCAAAGGUGUCUGCGUGAACUACAAGCAGCAAGGCAAGUCGAGGAUGUUCUCCAAAUCGUGCCAGAAGAGAGACCCGAUGGUUCGUACACAGACGUGCUACAAUUGCCACAGGGAAUUCGAUCUGAGCUCACGGCCACCCAUCAUCCUCUCAUCAUGCAUCCACACUGUCUGUCAGCAGUGCAUCCGGGAGACAGGUGACAAAAUUGAGUGCAAUCAAUGCCACCAGUGGUCGGAUGUCAAGUCGACAAAGAUCAAUUACUAUCUGGUCGGGCAGAUGUACUUCACAAAAUCCCAUCAGCUGAGCGACAUGAGUAACAUUGCUUUUCUGCCAGCCGGUGCUUCAAUACAGACAUUCAAUCCGCAAAAGGAAUCCAAUUCCAAAAAUGUCUUUAACAGAUGUUCUUAUAUGAAAUGCAAGAAUGAGGCAACUUUGAAAUGCAAUGACUGCUCCAACAAGUAUUGCAGAAACUGCUCAGAGAUGAUGCAUCAGACGACCAGCUUCAAGCAUCACAUAAUCACGAAAGACAGUCUCAACAUUUGCCAGCAGCAUCCGGGUUUUGUGGAGGAGUUCUGCUGCUCAGACUGCUUGACUUUCCAUUGCAGCUACUGCAUCAUCUCGAACCACAAUGGGCACAAAAUCAGACAAAUUAAUAAGCUGGAUAAGGAGGAUAGACCAAGGUUGCAAGAUCUGCUGAACAAACUCAACAGAAGACUGGACAAAAUGAUGGAAAGCCACAAGAUUGACUAG